AUGCUUUCCCAGCCAAACUAUUAUCAGCAAGGACCACCACCUCCACAAGGUUAUUAUCAACAGGGUCCACCACCUCCACAAGGAUACUAUCAACAACAACAACCUAUGUACGUACAACAACAACCACAAAGAGGUGGCGGAGGUGGAUGUUGUUCCUCAAUGUGUGGAUGUUGUGCUGCUAUAAUAUGUUGUUGUUGUGCUGAAGAAUGUCUUGAUGCUUUGUGUAUGUGA